GCAGAAGCCUCAGCAACGUUUAGGGGAAACAGGAGAAGAAGAUGGGGUGCUGACGGGACCACAGCCAGUGUGGCUAUAACGAUCCAACUUAGUAACCCCUUUGGCUAGACUUUAAACACUUUAUUGUGUGGUGUUGUUUUGUUUGAUAUUUUUAAAAAAUGAUUCUUACAGUAAAGCCACUUCAAGGGAAGGAGUGCAGCGUUCAGGUGACAGAAGAUGAAAAGGUUUCCACAGUGAAGGAACUUGUUUCUGAGCGACUCAACAUACCAGCAAACCAGCAGCGGUUGCUUUACAAAGGAAAGGCACUGGCAGAUGAACACAGACUUAGUGAUUAUUCCAUUGGACCAGAGGCUAAACUGAACCUAGUAAUCCGUCCUGCGGGAGAAAGAUCUGCAGCCUCAGCAGUGGCUGGCUGCAGCAGCAAGAACAUGCAGGGAGGACUGUGGCAGUCUGUGUCCACUAUACUUGCUAGACACUUUAGUCCAGCAGAUGCAGCAAAAGUUCACGAACAGCUUAUAAAGGACUAUGAACGUUCACUUCGACAGCUUAGCCUGGAUGACAUUGAACGACUAGCAGUGCGAUUGCUCCACCCUGACAGCGAGAGCAUGGACACCUCAUACACGGACUAGCAUUUGAAAACCUAAAUCUGCUUUGUAGGAAUUGAUUUAGGAGGAACUACAUGUUUGCAAAAAUAAAGUGUGAGGCCAUUGAGAAUACAA